AUGGAACCCGUUGCCGCGCAGGAGGUGCCGGGGAUGUCCACGUCGAUGCAGACAGAAGCUCGCUGGCUGCAUGAACACGCCGACGGAAAAUCAACCCUGUCAGAAGAGUCCAGCGGUUUAGAUGUUCUGUGUGACACGGAGGUAAGGACUUGGCGGCUGCAUGUAUACGUUUCAUGCUUAUUGGUUUUACCCUGAACAAAGACAUGACUUCACAUUGCUUUCCGUGUUUUCCGCUUUGAGUUCAAAGAAGAUUUUGUGGAGCUGUUUGAGAAGUCUCUGUGCACGCUCCCCUCCGUUGGCCUCCCUGCCCUGCUGGCCUACAGACCCGAGUCGUCAGCAGAGAAGGUACAGAUUGAGGCAGAGGAGGACUCUGCUCCGAGGUGCGAGUACUGCGGCAGCGCGCUGCAGCCCUUCCCUCCCCUCGAAGACGCUUGCCCACCGUCACGGGAUCACGGACCGAGGUUCUGCUGCGAGCGUAACCGCGACCUCUGGGAGUUCAUCGUGAGCGAGAUGAAGAGCCGCAAGGGCGCCUGGAGCCAUCCGGCUGCCAUCGGCCCCCACGAGCCCCACGGCACCGAAGCUGACAGGCGGCUGUCGAAGGAGAGAGCGUACCGGAGGCGGCAGGAGAGACAAAUGGCCCAACAGUUGGCUUUGCUGGCAGCAGAGCCAGUGGCUGAAGCUGAAUGUCCAAGUCAGGCUGGCACGAUUUCCUACCUGCUUUCUCGGGAGCCCCCCUCGCCAACAGGCCGGACGCUGGUGGCUGGUGAGAGGGCAGUGACACCCGACGAGGAGCCCGUCUCCGACAGCGUCACCUGCUGCGAUUUUACCCUCGUGGGUGGCAAGGUAGUGGAGAAUGAAUUACUGCAAAAAUGCUACAAACAUGGAGGGAAAUUCCUUACCGUGCUUCCAGAUGGAACGGCGCAGUUAUACUAUCCAUCUGGAAAUCUGGCAAUCAUUGCUGUACGGGAGAAGAACCGGCGCCUUUGCAUCGUGCAGGAAGACAAGCCGAGUAACGCCGGGAUACAAGCGGUGUUUCAGUCCGAUGGCAGAAGUACCUGCUAUUAUCCGAACGGAGCUGUGUGGAUAACCAUGAGUAUUCAGGGAGGGCAGUAUUUGGACCAAGCAGGCAGCAGGGUGAGAAGGUGGACAUGGCCGAACAGCACCAAGUCAUCAGGACCCCAAGUCCCACUAAGCCCCAUCUUCAUCUCCCUGAACCGGCACGUGGGGGUCAGGAUCCUGGGCCAGGACAAGAUCGCCGUUUCCUUCCUCGCCAUGGGGCAACAAGCAAAAUUCAACGUGGGAACCAAGGUGCAG